GAUAUUUGUUUCAACAGAUUCUAGAUGAACUGGACUACAGUGGCAUUGGACGUAAUCGCGAGUUGAGUGCACACAUGCUGGGACACUUAAUAGGCAAUGCCCCCAGAUUUAUGCGUCAGUUUGUUCAAGCAAUCAUGUCCGUCUUAGUUCCAAAGCUGAAGGACCAGGAUCCAAAUCCAGCCGUGACAAUGUGUGUUCUUGUGGCUAUUGGGGACUUAGCUCAGGUUAGUGGUGGAGAGAUGCAGAAGUGGUUGACAGAACUUAUGCCCUUGCUUCUGGAAAUGUUGGGUGAUGGUACAUCUGGAUGGAAGCGGCGUGUGGCCCUGUGGACGUUAGGCCAGCUAGUGGAGAACACUGGCUAUGUGGUUCACCCUUACACUCAACACCCGACCCUACUUGAUGUUCUCCUUUCAUUCCUCAAGACUGAGCAACAACCUGCAGUAAGGCGUGAAACUAUUUGUGUGCUAGGUCUAUUAGGAGCACUGGAUCCCUACAAGCAUAAGAUGAACGUUGGUAUGAUCAAGAUUCAGGAGGACACUGGUGUUGCUGUCAUAUCCAUUACUGAAGCAAAGAAUGAUGACCUCACUGCUGAUCUGGGGACGAGUGAGAUGCUUGUGAACCUGAACUACUCUUCCUUGGAGGAGUUCUAUCCAGCUUGUGCGAUUGCUAUGCUUCUUAAAGUUAUCAAAGAUCCAGCCCUUGCUCAACACCAUAAUGAGGUUGUGCGGGCUAUUACCUUUAUCUUCAAGUCUCUGGGUGUGAAGGGGGUGCCGUAUCUGGCACAAGUUAUCCCUUCUCUCCUUAUCGUCAUUAGAACAUCAGAUGCCAAUUUCCGAGAUUACUUAUUCCAACAGUUGGCUACAUUAAUUGGCAUUGUUAAGCAGCACAUUCGAAACUAUCUUGAUGAUAUCAUUGAGGUUUUGAAGGAAUUCUGGGUAACUGGUGGUAAACUGGAGACGACCAUCACCAUUAUAACAGUGGUAGAGAGCAUCGCACUGGCUGUCAGCUCAGAAUUCAAGAUAUACCUCAAGGAACUCGUGCCUAUGAUACUCAAGUCAUGUAUCAAUGACUCAAAGGAGAAGCAAGUAACUGGAAAGUUGUUGUUGGCAUUCCAAAAGUUUGGUGCAACUCUUGAGGAAUUCCUACACAUGAUUCUUCCUCACAUUGUUAAGCUCUUUGAUGCCAGUGAUGUUCCUCUUUCUGUGCGUCGCACAGCUCUUGAAACCGUGGAUCAUUUUGCUGAUUAUCUUGAUCUGUCUGACUAUACCUCCAAGAUAAUUCAUCCUUUGCUGCGGACUCUAGAUACAAGCCCAGAACUGCGUCAGCAAGCAAUGGAUGUACUUUGCUCUCUGGCAACUCAGCUGGGACGGUCUUACGGGUGCUUCAUACCUGUCAUUCACCGCAUAACAACCAAACACAGAAUUAGUCAUCCCAGAUAUGAAAUUCUUGUUGCGAAAGUGGUAAAGGGGUUGACAAUUUCUGAGGAUGAAAUGACCAUUCUGACGUUACAUCAACACUCCAGAAGACCUAAAUCUAGGGACCACCAACUUGAAGCUGACUCAGCUACUAUAAAAAAGGUCACAGUUGGAGUACAGUCUCUCCAGAGAGCUUGGCUCUUUACACGACUAGUAAGCAAAGAUGACUGGCUGGAAUGGCUCAGACGCUUUAGUAUUGAAUUGAUGAAGGCAUCUCCAUCCCCAGCACUAAGAUCAUGUUAUUCAGUGGCCACCACUUAUGUGCAGCUUUCUCGAGACCUGUUUAAUGCUGCAUUUGUAUCCUGCUGGAGUGAACUGAAUGAAAGUCUCCAGGAUGACCUUCUUCAAUCCCUUCGUCAGGCGCUUACCUCCCAGGAUAUUCCUGAGAUCACACAAACUCUUCUUAAUUUGGCAGAAUUUAUGGAACAUUGUGAUAAGGGUCCUUUGCCUUUGGAACUUCAGCUAUUGGGUCAGAAAGCAAUGGAGUGUCGUGCAUAUGCUAAAGCUUUACACUAUAAAGAAGAAGAGUUUCACAAGGGUCCCACUUCAGAGGUCUUGGAGCAUCUCAUCUCUAUUAAUAAUAAAUUGGGCCAAAAAGAAGCAGCAGCAGGUCUCCUGGAGUAUGCUCGAAAGAACAACCGUACUGAUAUGAAGGUACAAGAGCGCUGGCAUGAAAAAUUGCAUGAUUGGGACCAAGCACUUCAAGCAUAUCAAACAAAGUUGGAGACAAGACCUGACGAUCUUGACUUGGUUUUGGGUCAGAUGAGAUGUCUUGAAGCUCUCGGUGAAUGGGGUGAACUAUACAGUGUAUCAUGUGAUCGUUGGGAUGGCUCCAUGGCUGAUGAGUUCCGUGGUCAGAUGUCCCGAGUGGCAGCAGCUUCAGCAUGGGCAAUGGGAGAGUGGACAAUGAUGGAGGAUUAUGCCAAAUAUAUCCCAUUUGACACACAGGAAGGAGCAUUUUACCGUGCUGUGCUGGCAGUGCAUAAGGACCAGUACUAUAUGGCACAGCAGCUUAUUGAUAAUGCCCGAGAUCUGCUGGACACAGAACUGACGGCCAUGGUGGGUGAGAGUUACCAGCGAGCUUACAAUGCUAUGGUGGCAGUACAGAUGCUCGCUGAGCUAGAGGAGGUGAUACAGUACAAGCUAGUGCCAGAGAGGAGACAGCCUAUUACUCAGAUCUGGUGGGAAAGACUACAGGGCUGUCAGCGUGUCGUUGAAGACUGGCAGAAAAUACUCCAGGUUCGCUCUUUGGUUCUUAGCCCACAGGAGGAUAUGCGUCCUUGGUUAAAGUUUGCCUCCCUCUGUCGCAAGUCAGGUCGCUUGGCGCUAUCUCACAAAACUCUUGUGCGGCUCUUGGGGUGUGACCCAUCCACAAAUCCUACUCAAGCACUUCCAGCUACCCACCCACAUGUGACUUACCAGUACUGUAAACAUAUUUACACGUACCCGAAUAGACGACUGGAAGCUCAUGGGCGAUUGCAGAAAUUCCUACAGUACUUGGCUCCAGCAGUUGUUGUUGGUCAGAAUGGGGAUGGUAAACUGCGCAAGUUGGUAUCCAGAGUCUACCUCAAACUUGGAGAAUGGUAUGAACAGCUUCAUGGACUGAAUGAGGAGAACAUAAGUCAGAUCCUUAAUUAUUACACUCUUGCUAAAGAAACAGACGAGUCCUGCUACAAAGCGUGGCAUGCAUAUGCAUAUAUGAAUUUUGAAGCCAUACUUUUUUACAAGAACAAGAGUGAGGGUGUGAAGUCUGACAGCAGUGGGGAGGAGUCUGGUACUCCUAACAAGAAGAAGAAAUCUGCUGGCGAUUUUACAGUGGCAGCAGUAAAAGGUUUUAUUCGGUCUAUAUCGCUGAGCGAUGGGAAUAGUCUCCAGGAUACUUUGCGACUUCUGACCGUCUGGUUUGAGCAUGGGCAUCAACCUGGGGUAUAUGAGGCACUGGUUGAUGGUCUCAAGACUAUUCAGAUUGACACAUGGCUUCAGGUUAUUCCCCAGCUGAUUGCCAGGAUUGACACUCCACGCACACUGGUUGGGAAGCUAAUUCACCAAUUACUCAUGGACAUUGGGAAGCACCACCCUCAGGCCCUCAUAUAUCCCCUGACUGUAGCAGCCAAGUCAUCUGUGACAGCUCGAUCACAGGCUGCUGAGAAAAUACUCAAGAACAUGCGGGAACAUUCGGCUAACUUGGUUCAACAAGCCAUGAUGGUAUCAGAAGAGCUAAUUCGAGUAGCAAUUUUGUGGCAUGAAAUUUGGCAUGAAGGUUUAGAAGAGGCAAGCCGACUAUAUUUUGGAGAGAAAAACGAAUCAGGUAUGUUCCGGACAUUGGAGCCUCUUCAUGCCAUGAUGGAACGAGGCCCACAGACACUCAAAGAGAUGUCCUUUAAUCAGGCCUAUGGGAGAGACCUUAAUGAAGCACAAGAGUGGUGUCGGCGUUACCAAAGGACAGGCAAUGUACGUGAGCUGAAUCAAGCAUGGGACCUCUACUACCACGUGUUCCGUCGUAUUUCUCGCCAGCUUCCCCAACUUACUUCUUUGGAACUUCAGUCUGUUUCACCUAGACUUCUGAAGUGUAGGGAUCUAGAUAUUGCAGUCCCUGGGUCUUAUGCGCCUAACACUCCUGUUAUAUGUAUUAGCCAGGUACAGUCUUCAUUACAAGUGUUGUCAUCUAAACAACGUCCACGUAAACUUUGUAUCAAAGGAAGCAAUGGUCGGGACUUUGUCUUCUUGUUGAAAGGGCAUGAAGACCUCCGACAAGAUGAAAGAGUGAUGCAACUCUUUGGGCUAGUAAAUACUCUUCUUAUCAGCAAUCCUGAUACUUUCCGCCGCAACUUAACUAUUCAGCGCUUUGCUGUCAUCCCAUUGUCAACCAACUCAGGCCUUAUUGGUUGGGUGCCACAUUGUGAUACUCUUCAUGCUCUCAUAAGAGACUGGCGAGAGAAAAAGAAGAUCUUGCUGAAUAUUGAGCACAGAAUAAUGAUGCGCAUGGCUCAGGAUCUGGAACAUCUGACCUUAAUGCAAAAAGUUGAAGUAUUUGAGCAUGCCUUAGAGCACACUCAAGGUGAUGAUCUUGCCCGUUUACUUUGGUUUAAGAGUCCUUCUUCCGAAGUUUGGUUUGAUCGGCGUACAAACUACACACGCUCUUUAGCUGUCAUGUCAAUGGUAGGAUAUGUAUUAGGUUUGGGUGACCGCCAUCCAUCUAACUUAAUGCUGGAUCAGUUGUCUGGUAAGAUCAUUCAUAUUGAUUUUGGUGACUGUUUUGAAGUUGCCAUGACUCGUGAGAAGUUCCCUGAAAAAAUACCUUUCCGUUUGACUAGGAUGCUCAUCAAUGCAAUGGAAGUGACAGGAAUUGAUGGUACAUACCGCAUGACUUGUGAAUCUGUCAUGAGCUUGAUACGUCGGAACAAAGAUUCUCUCAUGGCCAUGCUGGAAGCCUUUGUUCAUGAUCCCUUGCUUAACUGGCGCUUAAUGGAUCAUGCACAGCCCAAGAGCAAACGCUCAGUUGUUGCUGAUAGUGAUAGUUCUGUCAGUGCAACAGACCCUAGCCACACACCUAUCAUGGAGACCACUCCUGUAUCAUCAGCAAUCCAUGCAGGUUCUCAAACUAAAAAGUUAGAAAUAGGUCGAGAUGAUUCUGGUGCUUCAGAGGCCCUCAAUAAGAAGGCAGUAGCCAUUGUCAAUAGAGUCCGUGACAAGCUGACAGGGCGAGACUUUUGCCAUGAAGAGCCACUAGACGUUCACAGACAGGUAGAACUACUUAUUGCACAGGCUACCUCACAUGAGAACCUAUGUCAGUGUUACAUAGGAUGGUGUCCCUUCUGGUAAAAUUAUUUUCCAUCAUGUUUUUGGACUGUAGUAGUUGAUGCCCAGUGCUUACACUAAUGGCCUUCAUCACUGUAAUUUUUCUUACCUCAUUCAAAUUGUAUUGAAUUCAAGUUACAGUGGUGACUGACUGUAAUGUAAUAAGCAAGAAACUUACUCCCCAUUAGCUCUAGACCUAUUUUCUUAGGAAAACCCCUCAAGGGAGGUGCCUUGAUGUUGGUGAGGGGCUCUUGAUCCAAGGAAUUGGGCUUUUUCACCCCUUGGAUCAAACCUGAUUGCCUCCUGUUCCCCAGUGCUAUAUGACCCCUAUGGGUUUAGUGCUUCCCUCUAAUUGACAGGAAAAAAUUGAUAGUUAAAGGUACUGCUGUAUUUACAUUUCUUGCUGAUAGUGGAAUUGCUAAGAGAAUUUGAAUCCUUGUUCACCUUAGAUAAGAGUACAAUAUUUGUUUAUGAAGCUUAAUUUGAAUAUAUAAAUUUAUAGAGGUUAAUUGACCAUCCUUAUGCUAUGCACUGGAUUCGAUAUUGUACAGCACACAAUACUGUUAGGAAAUUUUUCUUCAUUAGUGGCAUUAAUUGAAACAAGACAUUAUUCAUAAAAAUCUGCUGGCCUACAGCACAUAAGUCUUUUUUCUUUUUAAUAUGUAAUAAGAUUUUAUCACUAGAUACAGUGAAAAAUUAUUGAACAUAGAAAAUAAAACUUAACUUUAUGUUUGUAAAUUAAAGUCAUUAUGUAAGUACAGUACUAACUUUGCUCAUGUGAUCAGCAUUUCUUCCAAAGUAAGUUGAUUAUGUUUAGGACAACAAAUAUUUGUUAAAAAUAUUCAGGAAUAUAAUUGGACACUGAGAUGAAGAACCAUAGUUGACUGAAUGGACAAUGUUGAAUUGAGAAGUGACAUAGAAGCUGGAAAUGAAUACAUGAGCUUUAUAAUUGUUGUAUGUUAUUACCAUCUUGUAGGUAAUAGGUUGGUAGACAGCAACCACCCAGGGAGGUACUUCUGUCCUGCCAUGUGAGUGUAAAACGGAAACAUGUAAUUGUUUUACAUGAUGGUUGGAUUGCUGGUGUCUUUUUUUCUGUCUCAUGAACAUGCAAGAUUUCAGUUACAUCUUGCUACUUCUACUUGCACUUAGGUCACACUACACUUGGAUGUACAAGCAUAUAUAUACACACCCCUCUGGGUUUUCUUCUAUUUUCUUAUCUCCAUGGGGAAGUGGAGCAGAAUUCUUCCUCUAAGCCAUGCGUUUCGUAAGAGGCAACUAAAAUGCCAGGAGCAAGGGACUAGUAACCUCUUCUCCUAUAUACAUUACUAAAGUUAAAAAGAGAAACUUUUGUUUUUCUUUUGGGCCACCCUGCUCCAGUGGGACAUGAUCAAUUUGUUGAAAGAAAGAAGAUUACCAUCUUGAACUUGAAUUGAAUUUUCUAUUUUGUAUGAUAAUGGUCAUGUUUAUUUGUUAGUUUAUUUGGUUGAACAUAUCACAAACACUCAUAUCAUCCAUUUGCUGGAUAAUUACUAAAUCCAAUAAGACAUGAACCAUGAACAGAGGGACUGAAAUUUGAAGACAUACUGUAUUAUGAACUAUGUAAUUUGUUUUGCAUCUGUUUUUCCAAGAAAUUUUUGUCUCCCAAGGGGCAGGGCACAAGUCAUAAUUAUAAAGAAAGGAUUAACCCUUCAACUGUCCAAAUGUAGAUCUACGUUCACACGCAUAGCACUCCAAACGUAGAUCUAUGUUCGAUUUUACGUUGUUUCUCAAGUAAAAAAACGUAGAUAUACGUUCGGAGCGCUACGCAUGUAAACAUAGAUCUGUGUUUGGACAGUUUAAGGGUUAAGUCUUUGCCAUGGUACAUUACUAAGUGAUGUAUUGAACUCUUGCCUUAUGUUAUUUAGGAAUUAAAAAUUUUCUUAUUUUUCUUUUACUAGUUUUGCAUUUACAAAUAUGUUAAUUGUACAUGCUUCAGUUAAUCUAGCUGCAAUAAUUUCUUUUAAACGUGCUGAGUUAGUAUGCAAAAUUUUGUUGAAGAGUUUUUUUUUUUUUUUUUUUUUUAGCAGUUGGUGUCAUGGUGUUGAUACAAAUCAGACCAGCAAACUAGAGAUUGUAGGCCAGUUUGAUUACUUUUUUUUAUGCAAAAACCAUUUUGCUGGUUUGAUUGAGGAUAUCAUGUCAUCACAAGGCAUUUUUGUGUUUAAUAAUAGAAACAAAUUAUAAUUGUUGCAUUUUGCCAUACUUUUUAUUGUGUUGCUUGUAAAUGUUUCUUAUUGAAGGUUUUGGAAAAAUGUGCUGAUCUUCAUUAGUAAUACACUAGCUCUUUGUUACGAGGGAAAUGUUGCUGCAGUAUAAGUGCUGGAAUGUAGGUUUUUGGGGGUACAAAAAGAAUUUUGAGUAAAUGAAUUAUAGUUGUAAAUAUAGAAUAUUAUGUAAAUUAUUGGCAGUUUGGAGGGAUAUGUUGUGUAUCUUUAUACGUAUAUGCUUCUAAACUGUUGUAUUCUGAGCACCUCUGCAAAAGCAGUGAUAAUGUGUGAGUGUGGUGAAAGUGUUGAAUGAUGAUGAAAGUAUUUUCUUUUUGGGGAUUUUCUUUCUUUUUUGGGUCACCCUGCCUCGGUGGGAGACGACCAACUUGUUGAAAAAAAAAAAAAUGUAAAUUAUUGAAUAUAAAAAUAUAUAUGUUGA